AUGAUUGUACAAUCACUUAGACUUUGUUCAGGUUCUGAUCGAAACGCUCAUAAAGAAACAUUUGCAUCAAUUCUAUUAAAAUACUUAUAUUCAGACGAAAUAAUAGAGAAAUUCACAAAUUUUGAUUUAACUCUUGUAAAAAAUUCAAAUAUAAUAGUCCAACAUUGCUCAACACAAUAUCCAAAAAUAGAUAGAACAUUAUUAUCACCUAAUGACUUCAUGGAUGAUUUCUCAUCCGCUAAAAUUUCACCUGAAAAACAAAAAAAAUCUAAAAAAAAUUUAAAAAAAUCUAUUUCAGAUCAUUCUUUAUCAGACUUCGAUGAUGAAAAACAUGAUAAUUCAGAUACAAACGGAAAAAAUUAUAAUAAUUUCAAAAAAAUGAAUUUAGAAGAUACAGCAAAAUAUUUAGCGAUACUAUCCAAUUGUAGCAACAUAAUGCAUAUCAUCUCAGAGCGUAUUGAAGAAUUAGAGCAGACUGUUUCAAUCCUUCAGAAUAGGCUGUUUUUGCUAGAAAAAGAGUACCAAUGA